GAAACAAGUUAUCAGUUGACUACGAUCGGUGGUUGGGAUUACGCGUUUGGUUUCGAUCCAGAAAAAAGGAGAAUAUAAUGAAGGUUUACGUUUGCAUCUUGGUUGCCAUGUUGGCAAUGGCAGCACCCUCACAGGCCCUUUUGGGUGCCAAAUUGGCCUUGUUGAGUACCCUGAAAAAUAGUUUGGGUGGUGGAGGAGGAGUCGGCGGCGGCGGCGUGGGUGGUCUUGGUGGCUUUGGAGGCAAGGCCAACUAUGGUGGUGGCAGUGGAUAUGGAGCCGGCUAUGGUAGUGGUUAUGGAGGUGGUUAUGGUGGCGGCUAUGGAAGCGGCUAUGGCAGUGGUUAUGGCAGUGGUUAUGGUGGCAGCUAUGGUGGAAACUAUGCCACCAGCUACGGUAGCAGUUCCAGUGGCUUCAACUAUAACCGCCCUGUAUGGACUGUCAGCAACUCCAACUCUGGCUGGGGUCAACAGACCUAUGGCGGUGGUUAUGGUGGCAACACUCAAGUCAUCAAGGUUAUUAAGGUCAUUGAACAACCUGCUGUUUAUCCCACCGCCUACUCCAACAGUGGUGCCUCAGCUUCAGCAUCUGUCUCAUCAUCAGCAUCUUCUGGUUGGACACCAGUCCCCGCUCCUGCACCAGUUGCAGUUCCCGUUGCCGUCCCUCAACCCGCUCCAGUUGCAGUGCCUGCCCCAGCCCCCGUUGUUGUCUCGCCACCCAGACAAGUUUAUGUAACCGUACAACAACCUCAACCCCAACCCCAACCUGUUGCUCCACCACGUCCAGUUAUUGUUGCUCCACCACCAAAGCCAGUUUACGUGACUGUACCACAACCCCAACCUCAACAGUAUUUACCUCCCCCACCACAACCACAACAAUUACCUCAAUAUCAAGUGUCCGUACAAAGACCCAUUUCCUACAGUGUCCAGGCCCCCGUACAAUCUCAGGCUCAAUAUCAACAGAACCAAUAUCAAACCUCAUACCAAACUGUAGCUGCUCCAGUACAACAACAACAAAACGUUAAGACUGUCCAAUUGGUAGUUGAAAAUGCCGCCGAAUCUCACACACCCGCCCUCACCUAUGGACCACCACCACCCAAUGCCGAUGCCGGUGCCUGGAAUUCGAAUUCAUGGAGCCAAUCAGUCGGUACCGGACCCUGGAAGAGUGGUAGCAUUUGGGAUAGUCUGGGUUGCUAGUCAAUGAGAUGCCUCAACAACGAAGUCAUCGUAGAUUUAAUUUUACUUUUAAUCAAAUUUUGAUGCCAUUUCUUGUUUCGCCAGAACGUCGUUUUUUUAUAGAAUAAGAUCGAAUACAAAGUCGCAACGUUUCGAUUAGAUGUGAAGAUACAAAUAAACUUACUUGAAUAUUUUUAAGAGAA